GGACCGCAGACCUGGGAGGGGUCAUCGACUUCUCGGCGGCCCGCGGCACGGGGCCCGGGGCCCACAAGGUACGGAGAGGAGCGGCGCGCGCCUCCCCGACGUCCUGCCUCGCUUCCUGGAGGGUUUUCAAUGCCGUCGUCACUUUUCGCUUCCACACUGGUUGUUAUUAAACGUCCCGCUUUGGCGAUGAAGAGCUCUGCAGCUGGUUUCUCCACGUGGCCUUUCGUGGCGCUGCCCUCGGUCAAAAAAUGUCUGGGAAUUGGUGGUCAGAUCUCAGCUGAGUGUGUCCUCAGUCAGUGACCACGAUGCACAUAGAGCAGGACUUCAGCCGGUCAGCAGUUGGCGAGCUUAUGGACUCGAAGGCUAUCCUGGUGAGUACAGGUGAUCUACAAGGUUUUAUUUUCAUCCCAAACCCCUUCCUCCCGGGUUACCAGUGGCACUGGGUGAAGCAGUGCCUUAAGUUAUAUUCCCAGAAACCUAAUGUAUGUAACCUGGACAAACACAUGACUAAAGAAGAGACCCAAGAUCUAUGGGAACAGAGCAAAGAGUUUCUCAGAUAUAAAGAAGUGAAUAAACGGAGACCCCGAAGCUUACUUGAGAAACUGCGGUGGGUGACCCUAGGCUACCAUUAUAACUGGGACAGUAAGAAAUACUCAGCAGAUCAUUAUACACCUUUCCCUUCUGACCUGGCUUUCCUCUCAGAGCAAGUAGCUGCUGCCUGUGGAUUUCAGGGUUUCCGAGCUGAAGCAGGUAUCCUGAAUUACUACCGAUUAGAUUCUACAUUGGGAAUUCACGUGGACAAAUCUGAGCUAGAUCACUCCAAACCCCUGCUGUCAUUCAGCUUCGGGCAGUCUGCCAUCUUUCUCCUGGGUGGCCUCAAAAGAGAUGAAGCCCCCACAGCCAUGUUUAUGCACAGCGGUGACAUCAUGGUAAUGUCAGGUUUCAGCCGCCUGUUGAACCAUGCAGUUCCAAAGGUCCUUCCAAGUUCCAAGGGGGAAAGUCUGCCCUGCUGCCUGGAAACACCUCCCCCAGCUGUCCUCCCCAGGGACUCGGUGGUAGAGUGCUGUUCCAUGGAGGACUGGCAGGUGUGUGCCAGCUACUUGAAAACUGCUCGUGUUAACAUGACUGUCCGACAGGUACUGGCCACAGACCAGGACUUCCCUUUGGAACCCAUGGAGGAGAAUAAAAGAGGCGUCACCACAGAAGGUUUCUGCCAUCUGGACGACGUGAAGAGCCACGUAAAGCGAGCAAAGUUAAACCCUGACAGCUGAGACUUGGAGGGGCCAUUCUUUUUCUUAGGCAGAUCUUAGUGCAAGUGACCAUGCUGUUGUAUUGCAUUGACUUUAGCACCAAGACCAGCCAAAAACAGAGACAAGGAAGAACUCAUCUUGAUCCCACUGUUGCCUUGGAACCCAUGCUGACUAGUAAACUGACUUCACAUACAUGCCGGCCUAACCAGGACUGGACCAGACAGGUGUUCAGUCCUGCUCAAGCAUAAUGUAUGUGAGAAGUCCAAGGAGGUGUGACAUUCCACAACGGCCUUCUCAGCCCCUGCCAUUACCUCUGAGGGAGGUAGAAGUGAGUUUCCAUGUCCGUGGAGUCUUUAAAUAUCUCACAUUUUAUUGAUGGGAAACGUAAUAGCCCUUCUACCACCCCAUCUAGUGAUUUUAUGAUAAAAUUAUGGUUCCAUGAAUCAACCAUUAGUCUCACUUCAUUCUUCCAAUUAACAUCAAAUCUUUUGAUCUUCCAUCUUUUCUGGCCUUCUUGCUGUUGGCUUUUAAAUACAAUUUUGUUAGAUUAAAAAAGUCCAAGGAUGACCUGUAACUCUUCUCCGUGAUUAAACUUACUCAAUUUUAAAUUAAAGAUCUGUAUCUGUCUUUGAGGGUUAGUGUAUCUGGGAUUAGUUUUUUUCUAUUUCU